AUGAAACCUGGAGUACAAUAUGGGUCAUUGGGAAUAUCCUGUGCGAGCGAAACGAAAAUCGAAAGUUUCUUUCGUGUUAGUCAAUUCGCAUUCCAAAUCAUGGGCAACGGCAUAAAGCAACACAGCGGCGGAUCAUUGCUGCGUGACGAAAACAUACGUCCACCAAGUAGUUGUGCAGAUGGUCUGGUGAGACGACACAUUGAACUUCCUCAGUCUGUGUAA